AAGUAGCCCACAACACAAUAUUAGCUGGCACAGAUUCGACUCUCGUGCAUAGGACGCUCUAGUAGAAACGCUGACAGAUCACUUGAGCGAUACUUACCGAUAACAACCCACUCUUAUCGCGUAAUUAAAAUAGUCUUAUCUUUAAAACAUGAACUGCGAUCAGGACGUCGCGACAUGUCACGUUCUGGACUGUUACAGAGACAGACUAAAGCGUCUGAUCAAAGUCGAGCCGCUUUUGGACCUUUUGAGUUUCCUUGAACCGCAGCAGAAGGAUCGGAUAAACGCCAAGAUAGGUAGAGAUGGGGACAUGAGCGCGGUAUCUCUUCUUAUUGACGAAAUUAUUAAAAAACGUGACGUCAUUGGCUGGUCGCGGGAACUGAUCACUGCACUUGAGACUGUCGGUUGUAAACAAGCAGCGAAUUAUGUUGAUAAUAAACCGCCCGAGCCGACAGAAGAGGAGCAAAACGACAGCUGUGUUCGGCUCAUCGAUCUGAUGCGACUGUCGCUGGUCAACAUGAAAACACGCGAUGUGUCCACGCACUGCGCCACUAUGGGGCUCUUAACACAGGAGGACAUGGAAAAUAUUACAACUGCCAUUGACGCUAAAGGCAAUACAUAUGGCGCUCGUUUGCUCCUCACGCGGCUGGUCAAGAACGAAACUGGCUGGUUUUCCAAAUUCCUGAAGGCUCUGGACGACACCGAGCAUUACGACCUAGCAUGUGAACUGAGAGGAGAGCCGUGUAAUGAAGAUGAACCUAUGUCUGUUGACACCUUUGAGACGACAACAAUGGAAGAGAGUGAACAGUCAUGUGCAGCCGCUCCAGAAGAGAUGGAAACAGACUCCAUCAUCCCUCCGGCUCUCUCUGCCAAUAGCUCACUUCUGUCGGACGAUCUGGACAGCAGUAUGGACAACAACAACAGCAGUCUUGAGACAUCAGCACUUUCCACCACUGUUACUGAAGAGGCUGAUAUGUACUUAGAUGGUCAACAGAAAGAGGAUGAAGAUCUUGCAGAGGACACCGAUCAAUCUGCGAGCAAUGGAAAUAUUGUGCUACGUGACUAUCAGAUGGAGGUGGCCAGACUAGCGCUGGAAGGCAAGAACAUCAUCGUCUGCCUCCCGACAGGAAGCGGUAAAACCAGAGUUGCUGUGUUCAUCACUAAGGAACAUUUGGAGAGUCGGAAGCGGAUGGGAGAGCCUGGGAAAGUCGUUGUUCUGGUUAACAAGGUGCCCCUGGUUGAGCAGCACUACAAGGCAGAGUUUGGGAAGUUUCUACAGCACAAAUACUCUGUGAAACCGGUCAGUGGUGCAUCGCAGCUCAAAAUCUCCUUCCCACAAAUUGUGGAGCAAAAUGACAUCAUCAUCUGCACGGCACAGAUUCUGGAAAACUCCUUGGCCAAAGCCAAGAAUGGCGACGAGGACGGAGUCAAAUUAUCGCAGUUUACCCUGAUGGUCAUUGAUGAAUGUCACCACACGCAGAAGGGCGGUGUGUAUAAUCAUAUCAUGAUUCGCUACCUGAAACAAAAACAUCGAAACCAGCAACUGGUGAAGCAGCAAAAAGACCCGGUUCCCAUUCCUCAGAUUCUGGGCCUGACCGCCUCACCUGGUGUGGGAGGAGCCAAAACCCAACAGAAAGCAGAAGAACACAUUUUACAGAUCUGCGGAAAUCUGGACGCCUUUACAAUUAAAACAAAAAAUUCUGAGGAGGAGCCAAAAAAGCCUUAUAAAAGGAUUGCAAUAGCAGAAGAGAGGAAGGAGGAUCCAUUUGGAGACGUCAUCAAAAAAAUUAUGGAUGAAAUCCACACACAUGCCGAGCUGAAGCCUCUCUGUGAACCUGGCACACAAAACUAUGAACAAUGGGUUGUACAGAAAGAGCAAAAUGCUGCUAAAGAAGAGAACCAGAAGGUCCGCGUGUGUGCAGAGCAUCUCCGUCAAUACAACGAGGCUCUUCAUCAGAGUAACACCCUACGCAUGUCAGACGCUUUCUGCUUUCUCGACAAAUAUCACACAGAAGAGCUCAAGACAAAAUCCACUCCUGAUAGUGAAGAUAAUAUUACGAUCACAGACACAGAGCGAUUCCUCUUCAAUUUGUUUAAAGACAAAAAAGCAAAGCUGCAGGAGCUGAUGGGAAAGCCGCAAUAUGAAAAUAAUAAUCUAGCGCAGCUAAAAGCAAACAUCCUGAAGGAAUUUAGCAGCAGGGAGAAGGCGAGAGGCAUCAUGUUCACACAGACUCGUCUCAGCGCCAUCGCGCUCUGCCAAUGGAUUCAAGAAAACCCCAAGUUUGAUGAAAUUGGAGUCAGAGCCAAAUAUCUGAUUGGUGGAGGAGAUCAGAGCCUGGUGAAACCAAUGACCCCUGCGGAGCAGAGGGAUGUGUUAAACAAGUUUCACGAAGGUGAGAUUAACCUGCUGAUCGCCACCACUGUGGCAGAAGAGGGGCUGGACAUCGCAGACUGUAAUUUUGUCAUACGCUAUGGCCUCGUGACCAAUGAGAUCGCCAUGAUUCAGGCCAGAGGUCGAGGGCGAGCUGAGGACAGCAGUUACACGCUAGUGGCCGAGUCGGGAUCUGGCGUGGCAGAGAGAGAGAGCGUUAAUGAAUACAGGGAGAAAAUGAUGAGCAAAGCCAUCGCCAAAGUGUGCAAGAUGAAUCGAGCCGACUAUGAGAAGAAAAUCAAAGAGUUUCAAAUCCAGGCCAUAUUGGAGGAAAAGGUCAAAACGAAGAAGAAACAGCAGAAGGGAAGGAUAAAAGAACCUCCAUCUCAAAUCAGUCUGAGCUGCAGACAGUGCGCUGUGUUUGUUUGCUCUGGAGAAGACAUUGAGAUCAUCGAAAACAUGCACCAUGUCAAUGUCAGCGAGACGUUCAGCACGCUGUUUAUAAGACGAGAGAACGUCUCACUGCAGGAGAGACAGCUGGACUAUGAGACCAACGGCGUCAUCGCAUGUAAAAAAUGUGGAGGGCCGUGGGGUUCAAUGAUGCUGUAUAAAAGCAUGGAGUGUCCCUGUCUCCACAUCAAGAACUUUGUGGUCACAUACAAAUCUAAGAAGAAAACGUACAACAAAUGGACCGAGCUGCCCAUACACUUCUCUUCAUUUGAUUACACGCAACACGCAGAUCUCGGGGAUGAGGACAGUGACAUUGAAUGAACCCAAACUUCAGAAAAAGGAUCGAAAUCAUCUCUGACACAAUGAAAUCAUCUGUGAGAUGCAGAAACUAUCAAGUCUGAUCUGUUGAAUGCACUGUGGCUUUCAUCAAACUGUUCAGUUUCCUCAUUUUUAUCAUCCAUAGCUUUUGUUUUGAUUCGGAUAUUAACAUUUAGAUAACUUACUUUUCUGAUGAUUUACUAAAAAUUAAAAAUACUUUGUGCAUCUGCUGAGCAAAACGCUUGUUUUCAGGUGUUGUUUACAUUGCACCCAAUUCUGAUAAUUGUGACUGUGAAAUCCAGGCUAAAGAAGACUCAUAAUUUAUUAUUAAGAGCAACAAGUUUGAUUUAAUCAUUGAUUUCAAUAUUUGAUAUAAUCUUACUUUUCACAGAAUGUUCUUUACAUUUUGUAGGGUGAUGAUUACAGUAUAUGAAGAAAACAUCACAGAACGUGCUUUAAGCGAUACUCAAGGCAAAUAUCAUAAUUACCCCAUAAUUUACUCACCCUCAAGUAUUCUGGGAAACAUAUGUACAUCAUCUUUCAUACAAGCACAUUUGGAGUUAUUUUAGUACCGUAAAUGUACUUGCUCUUCCAAGCUUUAUAAAGUGUAGAAAACAGGGAUCAGGGAACAACUUCUGACUUUAAACCCCAAAAGUGCAUUCAUCCUUUACAGAGGUAAUCCACACGACUCAAAUGAGUUAAUGAAAGUAUUUUGCGGGAAAUCAAUUAGGGAUGGGCACGGAUAUUCGAAUAUUCGAUCGGCAAUAAUAAUUCGAAUUUAAAAAAUGCUAUUCGAAAAUAUAUACACACAGAAUAUAAGUUUAGCUUGUUGUGGAUAUUUCCUAAUUGUAAGCCUUCUGUGAAAUUAUGACAAAAUGAAAAAUACAAAACAUGCAUGUCUUAAUUAACAUAAUUUAAAUAAACGAAUAUUCGAAUAUUCAUUCUUUAUUAGCUAAAAUAUUCGAAUAGUAAAUUACUGGAAAAUGCCCAUCCCUAAAAUCAAUGCAUGCAAUAUAUUAAGAAAAACACAUAUUUUAAACGUUAUAAACUAUAUUAACUAGCUUCCGGUCUUGACGCCAUUUUGGACUCAUGCCAUUCACAAGAAUCACUAUGCAAUGUACCAAUGGCACCAAUGACUAUUUGGUCAGUUUCCUAUAUCAGUAGGGCUGGGCACAAAAAAGCGAUUUUUCGAUUAAUCAGAUUUUUUUACAUUGUCGAUUCGAAAUCGAUUCUCAAGGCCGCGAAUCGAUUUUUUUUCCUUAUUUAUUUCCGCAAACAUUGAACGUAAGAUUAACGUUAAUCUAAUUACUAAUCUUCUCCACUAUAUUUCACCCUCUUUUUUGCCUUGCGCAAUGUUACCAAGGAGCGAGAGGCGAGCCUGUCAUUCAUUCAUUCAGUGCUUAAAAUGACGGUUUCAGGUGCUUCAUCGACAUUGAUGCCACCUUCACAUAAAAAGUCAGAGGUAUAGAAGCAUUUUAGACUUCGCAAGCAAGACGACGACACUAGUGUUGUGGCUUUUAAUUUAUUUUUAUUAAUUACCCACUUGUAAACUUCUGUCGAAUCGAGAAUCGAGUAUAAAAAACUACCUGAGAAUCGGAAUCAGAUCGAGAAUCGAAAUCGAAUCGAUUUGGUAGCCUGUGAAUCGAAAUCGAAUCGAUCUGGAACAUCUGAAUCGAUACCCAGCCCUAUAUAUCAGUGCUAUUGUAAUGACUGUACAUCAACAUGUUAAUGACAUCAUCCAUAAUUCCCACAAGUUUUGCACUGAGCCCUGUGAUGGACUGGCAAGCUGUCUUGCGGGGUGUUUCUCUGCCUUUGCUUAAGAUAGGGUUACAAGCGGUGGUGGAAGAUAUCUCAUAAUAUAGAGAUAAACAGUUUAGAUGAUGAAUGUAUAAACAUUUUGCUGUAAAUACAGCAUACAGAUUAAACCACUGUGAUGCUAUGCAAUCACAGUCUAUCAACAGCAGUGAUUUAUGCAAGCGUUCUGUAUAUGCCUGUAUAUGUGGGUCUCAUACGUUGUGCUUUUUAAACUAAAUAAAUAAAAAUGCAAAUUGAUGUAUCAUA